AUGGAAAUCGGCUUCCGAGACGGGCUGGGGAGUGUGGGGGUGGCGCGGCCCUGGGCUGCACCAGCAGCUUCAGUGACUCUCCCUUUCUUUGAGAACGUGGAACGGCUCGUCCAUCCCAAGUUCCGGCCGACGCCAAGCGACGUGCUUCGUGUCCGACUGCGCACAAGUGGCGUCGUUGAGACUCGCUUCAGGAUCAAGGACCUGGCGUUUCGGCUCUACGAUGUGGGUGGGCAGCGCACUGAGCACCAGAACUGGCUCGGCUGCUUAGAGGACAUGUGAGCUGUGCUGUUUGUGGCAUCUCUCCGCGCAUACAAUGAGGCCCUCCCAGAGGAGCCAGCGCUGAAUCGGCUUCAGGAAAGCAUGAAGCUUUUCUCCUCUGUCUGCAACAAUGUGUUCUUCCAAAGCACUUCCCUGAUCUUGUUUCUGAAUAAAAUCAACCUUCUCCAAGAGAAGAUCCUGCACCUGGGGAGGCACCUGCGUCUCUCCUUUCCUCAGUACCCAGGUGCAGACUGUGAUGUGGGUGCUGCAGCCCGAUGUAUCACCAGCCUCUUCCUGUCGUGCAGUGAGACCCCCCAGAAACUGAUCUACCACCACGUCUCCACCGACACAUGCAGUGUGCAGGGUGUAUUCCACGUGGUGACGGACACCAUCGUCCAGGAAAACCUGGAGGCAGCCGCUCUGCUGUGAAGCGCAGGCAGGGGAGCUGCAGUGCCAGGGGCUGCUUUCUGCCUCUGUGAUUCUGGGGGGAGGCUUGCUGCUAGAGUUCGUGAGAUGCCGUUGGCUACAGACAGGACUGCUGACUGGGCCGGAGAGGGACAUAUGAUGGCAUCAAGGGGCCUGCCUGGCUCCUGGCACCAUCAUCCCUAAGCCUUCUGUUCUUCUGGGACUAGCUCCUUCUGCUUGGCUCCAUCUGGGAUAAGGACCUCUUCCCUCCUCCCCCCACGUUGUGCCCAGGUUGAGGUAAUACUACCCCAUGCAUGGCAACUGUAAGCCAGUGGCUCUCAAACUUUUUUAUGGGUGUCCCCUUUCACAUCGCGAGCCUCUGAGUGCGACCCCCCCUUAUGGAUUAAAAACCUUUAAAAUAUAUUUAACACCUUCUAAAUGCUGGAGGCAAAGCAGGAUUUGGGGUGGAGG